AUGCUGUUGAGGAAUCUAAACCCAUCCAUUGGUCUUUGUAAUGGUACACGCUUAAUGGUGCUCUAUUUGGGCCAUUAUGUGAUAAAAGGAAUGAUAAUGGGGGGUACAUUCAAUGGUAAGACUGUGGCAAUUCCAAGAAUUGUCCUUAGUGUCAAUGAUUAUCGUUGGCCAUUUGUUCUUAAGCGCCGGCAGUUUCCAGUACGAUUGUGCUACGCCAUGACAAUCAACAAAAGCCAGGGCCAGACAUUGCAAAAUGUUGGUGUGUAUCUGCCGAAGCCAGUGUUCAGCCAUGGCCAACUUUAUGUCGCUGUUUCUAGAGUUAGAACACCAGAUGGACUUAGGUUCCUUAUUAUGAAUGAAGAUGGCGUGCCUUCCAACUGUACCCGAAAUAUUGUUUACCAGGAGGCAUUCGUUGACCUUCAGACCCCAUCUUCCUAA